AUGUUCAAAACCGCCGGUCCUUCCUCUGUUGUAUCACGAAAUGCGAUCCCCGGUUCAAAAUCUCCCGCCGCCCCAGACCUACCUGCCCUCCAGAGUGCAAGUAGGGUCUUGCAGGACCAAAUAUCAAAGGAUGCUCAGUUGGUGCCGGAUGUUGGGGAUCUAUUGACGAACCCCCAAAUGCCAUUUUCCUCGUCGUACAGCGUGUUCAACGACAAUCAGCAUGUCCCUUUUGCAAAGCGGAGGAUAGCUCACAUCCCCGACGCUGUCUUCUACCACUAUGACAGCGCCAAUGUAACCUCACAUAUGGGUCUGAUGCCUGAAAUUGAUCGUGUAUGGAUUACCAUUGACCACAAGCUCUUUCUAUGGGACUACGUGGAAGGCCAGGAAUUGCAUUCAUUCGUCGACCAGCCUGAUGUCAUUUCCCACGUCGCUCUUGUGAAGCCCAAGCCAAACAUUUUCAUUGACGAGAUAGUCUAUCUGCUUGUCAUCUGCACGCCGGUGUCCGUCCUUCUCCUCGGCCUAUCUGUGUCGACGCCUCCCCCCGGCAGUCGCAGUCUCAAAGAUAUAAAACUUUACGCGACCGACAUGUCAAUAACCACGGAAGUUGAAAUGACAUCGGUGAUCGGUACGAAGAAUGGCCGAAUAUUCAUGUGCGGGGCUCACGACGGCAACUUGUACGAGUUGCAUUAUCAAGAAAAGGAAGGCUGGUUCGGUAAGAAAGUGCAACUGGUAAAUCACUCGGUUAGCGGGAUGCAGAGUUUGUUCCCUAUGCUCGCUACUCCCAGAUCAGAAGACAACUUCAAACUAUUGGUUUCCGAUCCGUCAAGGGACUGCUUCUAUGCGCUUUCUUCCAGAAACACAAUAAGCAUCUACAGGCCAAACGGAGAGAAAUCAGUCCAACAACUGCAGACGCUCUCGAGUCUGUACAAUAUCGCUCAACAGAAGGUACCUGGACAUCCUGCCAUCACCCCCAGUAGUUUCCAGAUCGUCAGCUUGCAUGUCAUUGAGAAGAAUGAAGCCCCACGAUCAGGCGUGCAACUCAUGGCUACAACAGUGAACGGUGUCCGCCUGUACUUCGGACCUUCGUCAGCCGGAUACGGGUACUCCUUCAAUGUAAUGAAUAGCAGUUCUUCCAUACCUGGGCACCGGCCACUACAGCUGGUUCAUGUCCGCCUACCACCCGUCAACCUUCUACAUCCAGAUGACGGGCUAUUUACUGCCAGCGCACUGGCUUCAGGGCAACCACCUCCGCAACCUGCAUAUCCGCCUUACGUUGUGUCAAGAAUAGAGAACGUCUGCUACACUUCUGGUCUUACGAUAGCUGCAGAACCCGGCGACGGCAUGGAUGGGAACGAUUUCAUUCUCUGCAUGGCGCCAGAUCUCACCAAGAUUGGAGAGCUUGGGCAAGUAAAGGAGAUCCAGCCUCAGCAACCACCGCGUCCACCAAUGCAGUCGUAUUACCCCGUCACUACACCUGGCCCGUCACGCCCGCCUUUGACUGAGUACGCGACCAUGAUCGAGAUAUCUGGUCGUACUUGGGCAAUCGCACCUAUUCCUCGCACACCUUAUCACAGCUCGACUCCGUCCGAGUCCCCUGUACCCGUGGCAGCAAACGAGCUCGCUGUCCAGUUUUGCGAGCCUCCAACGCAAUUUAUGAUCCUGACGAACGCCGGACUAGUAUAUCUGUGGAAGAGAAGAGCGCUUGAUUACUUGCGAGCGGUUAUUGAAGAUUUCCACGCAGAUGGCAAUCCUCAGCCUAUUCUUGAUUUCCGAGACAGUUUUGGCCGAGAUCAAACGUGUGCUAUGUUGCUCGCACUCGCAAGUGGCAACACAUUCUUGGAUAUCGAUAACUUCGCAUCACCGACGCUGAGUACUGGAAAGAUAGCCAACGUUAGCUCCGAGAUAGCGGCUGUAGCAAAACAAGCCUUCUAUGACUUUGGGGAGCGACCCAUGUGGGCAGAACGGGCAACGCUUGGCACAAGUGAGAAUGCGGGGAGUGCGAUCUUCAGUGGCCGUCGAGAAGGAUUCGCAUUCUACUUUGCGAGACUCGUACGACCAUUGUGGAAAGUGAAGUUGGUCCAAACCGGGGCUCUCGGUUUAGCAGAGUGCGGCAUACCUGAGGAGACUCUCGUGACGACACAGAAGAACCUUCACGCUCUGAAGGAAUUCUUGGACAAGAAUCCGCAUCUGUUCCAUUCCGCUCCUGGGGACAAAGCAGGUGCGAGAGGCGCCGCUGCAAGCGAGCAAGAAGCGUGGAAGGCCGAACAAAGCUCAGUUUCACAACUUCAAGCGCUGCUUGCUAGGACCAUCGAAGCUAUAUCGUUCCUUCUCCUUUUGGUAGACUACAAGCUAGCUGACCUUAUUGCCCAAUGUGACCCUGAGACCCAGAAGAUGAUUACCUCACUUACUUUUGAGGGUCUCGUGGUAACAAGUGAAGGCAUUACUGCGGCCAGGGCCCUCGUGAACGUGGUGAUCGACCAGCAGAUAGGGCAACAGAUUAGCGUUGACACCAUAAGCGAAGUGCUCCAGGAGCGAUGUGGCUCGUUCUGUAGUACAGAUGAUGUCCUGUUUUAUAAGGCCAAAGAGAAUGUGCGUAAAGCCGCGGAAACAGUCAAUUUGGCGGAGAAGCAGAAUUGGUUGAACGAGUCACUGCGACUAUUCAUAAAAGCGGGGGCCAUCCUGACAUUAGAGAAACUUCGCGAGAUAUGUGGUGAAUAUCAGCAGCUAAGAUACCCGAAAGGGGCUGUGGAAUUGCCACUGCACUACGCUCAGGUCGUCGACGCCGAACGUCUUGGUCAGGAGUACUGGUAUGCCGGCUGCCCUGCGAGCGACCGACGUUCAGAGUUCUGGGAACGAAGGAAGCAAUGUUAUGACCUAGUGUUGGACUCCCUGACCGUAUUCGAGGAGAGGGCAGGUGCAGCACCCGAACAAGGAGACGGACCGGAAGAUCCGGAAACUAUUCGUAGUCAUGCCUUCGCACUAGCUUUCGCCAGCAACGACGAAAUGUUCCAUUCCACCAUGUAUGAAUGGCUACUGGGCAAGGGAGUCGCCGAUGAACUGUUGGAGAUGCGUCCUCCUUACCUCGAAGCUCACUUAAGACGCGAACCGAUAACAGUGCAGAAAUAUCAAUUGUUAUGGCAGUUUUAUGUCAAAAAUGGUCAGCCACUACGCGCAGCAGAGGUACUUGCCGCUCUCGCAGAUUCUUUGCAGCUCGGACUAACGCUGGAGGAGCGGCUGGAGUAUCUGACCCUGGCCGUUGGCAACGCGAAGUCACACCCAAUCUCAGCUGAGGGGAGACAUGAGACGGCAAUCGCUUUCCUAGCAGAAUUGGAGGACAAGCUGGAGGUUGCGCAAGUGCAGCUUGAAAUGUACCACACCCUCGUACCCCAUAUUAAAGACGCAGAAGAAGUCAGAGAGAGGAUCCAGUUGCUCGGGCGACGAUUGUUCACCAUGACUGAGCUCUUCGAGUUAUACGCCGCGCCUUUCGAUCUUCGAGAGAUGCAAUUGCUGAUUCUACAUGUCUCUGAUCAUCGAGAUGAACAUCUAGUGAGACCUAUUUGGAACAGAAUAUUCGCGGAUACCACCGCAGGGGUCGAUCCUAAAGAAGGCGCAGACCAGUUGAUCUCAAAGGUUGUUUCGCUUGGGCACCGGUUCUACCCCUCGGAGAGCGCGUUCCCUCUGCAAUACAUUGCAUCUCUGCUUGUUCGCUUUGAGCUAGCUAACAAGGGUGUAAUCCCGUACGGAUGGGCGCCGCGCGUUCUGGUGCAGUGUGGAGUGCCUUAUGGCGAGAUCUGGGACAUCUUUAAUGAGAUGUACGAAUCUCAGGUCCCACCAUUCAAUGACCAAUCUAAUGUCCAAGCUAUCUCCUCGGACAUCGCGGUGCUUCUAACAGACUGGAUGCAAGAAGCACAGCGACCGCUAUCAUCUGCUGCUCGGGAGUUCCCAGUAGAUCGGAUAGAUGGCGCGGUGGGCCUGUAUCUCUCUGAGUUGGAUCCGAAUAGGACAGAAACCAAAGCUGCCUACGAGGCACUCAGACGGUACGUGCGGACAGGCGGCAAGGUCUGGUGAUGUUCUGGAGAUACUGUAUAUGUAUGUAGUCGCAUCAUUUCCAUAUUCUCAUCGUACAUAUUCAUAUAUGUGGCCGAUUGCUGAUCCUCCAAAACUGAUGACCCCGGCUUCACCCGACUUCAAGAAUAGCGUCCUCUGCCCGCAGGAGAAGACGCUGAGUGAUCUUCUGUGUCCAGCCGUAGACCUUCAGGAGCGUACGGGCAGCUCCGACAAUGAUAAGGACCACAAUUACUAUGGUCGCAAGGUCUCCGCCACCCCGCCUACUACGGGUGGCCCGAUAACGAGCAAGCCACCCGAUUGGGAAAGGCAU